AUGGCCAAAAAGAGAAAGGCCUCAGGGCGCAACAAUGCGCAAUCAGGCCCAAAGGAACUGGACGCUUCAGAUGCCCGCCUUGGGCCUAUCACCACCUACGAAGAUGUUGCCGAUUCCGAAGACGAGUACUUUAUGAACAGAGACCAAAUACUACUCGACGAUGAACCAAACUCGAAGCGCCGAAGAAAAGAGGACGAUGAUAUCGAACUAUCCGACGAAGAAAUUCUAGGUUACGAGGACUCAGACUCCGAAGAAGAUGACGUUCAAGAUGAACAAUCGCGCAAGACUAAAGGUUCAAAAUCCAAGAAUGCCGCCUCAGAUGACGAGGAGGGUAAAGAAGAGGAGGAGGAGGGUGACUCCGGCUGGUGGGGAGCCUCGCGAAACGACUACUACAAUGCUGAUAAUAUCGAAACCGAGGCCGACGCUCUCGAAGAAGAGGUAGAGGCCAAGCGCCUUCAGCAAAAGAAACUCUCCAAAAUGGCUGAAGAGGAUUUUAUCUUCGAUGGCGACGAGUGGCUGGCUGAAGGUCAAGAGGAUGGCGAAGGCGAGGAGACAGUGACAGAGGUCCUUAAGGAGGUCGAAAUUACGGAUGAUAUGGGACCUGAGGAGCGAUACACACUACUCAAGAACCGCUACCCCGAAUUUGAGCCACUCGUCAAGGAGUUCCAAACCCUGCAACCCGCGUUGGUGGAACUCCAAAAAGCAGCCCAAGGUCUCUCGGGUCAAUCGCUGGAGGCUGUCAAGUAUUGGGUUGCUGGCUGCUAUGUCGCUGCCCUUGCCAGCUACUUUGCCAUCUUAACAUCUCCCGCGAGAGAUAACUCCAAGGUUCAAAAGACCAUUGACCCCGCCGAGCUACGGGAUCACGAGGUUAUGGAAACAUUGGUUAGUUGUCGUGAGGCGUGGCGAAAGGUGAAGGAUCUGAAGUCAACCAAGAGUAUCAACGACGAUGUUAUCUCAGAAAUCGAUGACGACGCUCUUAUGCAGGAUAUGGAGAAUCUGGACGCUGAGGUCAAAAAGACGAAGAAGAGCAAGAAGGCAUCGAAGCAAGAAAAGGCUGCCGCCGAGAAAUUGGCACGGAAGCUCGAGAAGAUCAAGGCUGGAGAGGCUGCUGUUGCUGAUCUCUAUGACCUACCCCUCCCUGGCAAGAAAUCCAAGAAGUCGAAGAAGGUCGCUGCCAUCGAGCAAGAUGGCGAUAACUCCGACUUUGGUGAAGAGGAUGUUCUCGAUGAGCGCACUGCCGCUGAGAAGGCCGCUCGCAAGAAGAGUCUCAAGUUCUACACUUCACAAAUUGUGCAGAAGGCGAAUAAGCGUGCUGGCGCUGGAAGAGAUGCUGGUGGUGAUAUGGAUAUUCCUCAUCGUGAGCGUCUCCGAGACCGUGCAGCUCGCCUUAAUGCCCAGGCCGAGAAGCGUGGACAGAAGGGCUCCAAGCUGGGAACAGAGUUGGGCGAUAACAGCGACGACGAAGACACCAAAACAGCCAAGGCCGUUCGCGAAGACGAGGAUGAAUACUACGACAUGGUGGCACAAAAGUCAAAGAAGAACAAGGAAGACAAGGCUGCUCGCUAUGCAGCAUACGCUGCCGCCAGCAAGGCCGACCGAGUUGUAGAAAAGGAAGAGCUUGGCGAGGAUGGCAAGCGCAAGAUCACGUAUGCCAUCGAGAAGAACAAGGGUCUAGCACCCAAACGAAGCAAGGAUGUCAGAAACCCUCGUGUCAAGAAACGCAAGCAGUACGAGGCCAAGCAGAAGAAGUUGAAGAGCAUGAAGCCCACUUGGCAAGGAGGCGAGCCCAAGGGAGGAUACCAAGGAGAGCUGUCUGGUAUCAACACAGCUGUUGUCAAGAGUACAAGACUAUAG